CUCUAUCAUCGGUUCAUACCGGUGCCAAUAUCACAGGCACGUCGCGAGAAAAUGCUUAUGCCGUGAAAUAAUACCGAAUUAUUUUGUAAUAAGCGUUUGGAGUUUGACAAAACGGCUUCAAAAGGAGAUAUAGUUAAAGCGAAACCAAUGUAUACAGCGGCUGAAGCCGUUCCUGAUCGAAGUGCUCACCUCGGCUCCACGGAAUCCGAAAACCAAGUACACAUCAAAUCAUUACCGCCGGAUAUUGAAACAUGUCUUUGCCACGAGAGUUUAAUUUUAAUCAGGAGUUGUCGAAGCUGGACGGGCAGAUCCUGGGCACGUCGGCCCCUCCAGGCUCCACGGCGCCGCUCUCCUGCUCUAUCGACAUACCUACAGAUGCCAUCACUGAGGCUUCCCUGUCUCCUGACAAGGCGGGUUCCUUGCUGUCGGUGCAGUCAGCACCUCCGGAGCAAAGGGAGCGGCCGGCCAGCCUCCUGCUUGAGUUGCCACUAGCUACGCAAGUAGGCGCGUAUCUAUCGGCGAUGUCCCCGACGGAGCAGGAGGAGGACUCCCUCUUGACCCUCUCGUCGGUGACGGCGCGCCCGCUUCUCGCUGCUUCCAGGAAGCUGAGGCCGCAGCCGGAGUCCACAGAAAGCAUCAGCCCCCCAGACGGCGGAUACGGUUGGGUUGUGGUAUUCGGAGCGUUCAUGGUCCAGUUUUGGGUGGCGGGUCUGUUCAAGUCGUACGGAGUGCUGUACGUAGAGAUCAUGGAGACGUUCCCGGACUCCUCGGAGUCUGUCGCGUCCUGGAUACCAGCCGCGCUGUCCACACUUUGCCUUGCACUUGCGCCGCUGUCGUCUGCCCUGUGUGAGAAGUAUUCCUGCAGGCUCGUGGUGUUCAUCGGAGGUCUCUUCUGCGCCACUGGACUCGCGCUGUCCUAUUUCAGCACUGGAUUGUUCCAUCUACUGCUGAGUUUUGGAGUUAUGACUGGCAUUGGUGGCGGCCUGUCAACUACACCGGGAAUCGUCAUCGUUUCUCAAUAUUUCGACAAGCACCGCGCGCUGGCGAACGGUAUAUGUGUGAGCGGGACGGCUGCUGGUAGUUUCGUGUUCCCGAUGCUGAUUGAGAAGCUGGUUGACAUGUACGGAUUGCAUGGAACGGUGUUAUUGCUGGGUGGCGGGAUGCUGCACGUGUGUGUGUCCGCGACGUUGUACCGACCAGCGCCGGUUUGCACCACUGCUGGAGAUCGCACCCCCGGCACCACGACUACCACCACCACUGAACACACCACGCUGUUACAUGAUAUUACUGAAGGUAAAACGGACCCGGGCAAGGACAACCGGCUCCAGAACUUGUUCAACCCGGACGGAGAGCUCGCGCUGAACCAGAAGAACGCGCAGCUGGACGACAAACGCACCAACUUGUUCUCGGAGAUCAUGCACCCGAGCCUCAUUGAGGUAGCUCGGCAGCAGCUGCCGGCACAGCAGUCUGAAUCCGAAGACUCCGAAGGACUGGACGUGCUUGGAGUUGUUGGUCUGCCUCGGGAAGUAGCCCGUCUCCGCCUUCGACCGACGCGUUCUUCAUCCAUCUUGCAUUCAGUUGAAGACCUGUCCACGGACAGCACAUGCGUUUACAAGGCUUCUAGACGGAAACUUAGUCGAUCUCUAUACAUACGACCUCCUCUACCCAGUCGGUUAAUCCAGAAUAAGCUGGCUGAGCCGGUCCCGAUCAAGCCGGAACAGGAAGCGAAGACGGAAGACGUUGUAGAAGAAAAGAAGAAGGGAUGUGUUGAGAAGAUUUCGCGAUACCUAGACGUAUCCCUGCUGAAGUCGUGGCGGUUUGGGUUGCUGUGCGCGUCAGUAGCUCUAAUGUCUUGCGGUUCUCCGUACGCGCUGUAUUAUCUCCCGGCGUACACUGUCGCCGUUGGACACAGCAAGUCCGCCGCAGGUCAUCUAGUAGCAAUCAGCGCUGUGCUGGACCUGUGUGGACGGCUUGGACUGGGCUGGCUCUGUGACCUGCAUCUCUUCUGCAGAAGAAAGGCCUACAUACUCAGCAUCCUGGUGGCCGGGAUUGCGGUUCUAACGCUUCCCAGUUUGACGUCCUGGUGGGCAUUGGCUAUUGCGUCAGGCGCAUAUGGUCUCUGUCUCGGCUGCUGGUUCCUCCUGGUGCCAGUACUCCUGGCAGAUGCCUUCGGGACGGCCAGGAUCGCCUCCUCCUACGGCCUGGUGAGGAUGUUCCAGAGUCUUGCUGCUGUUUCUGUACCCCCUACUGCUGGUUUAGUUCGUGACGUCACUGGAGGAUACUCCUGGUGUUUCUACGGGAUGGGCUCCUGUAUGGUCUUAGGCACGAUUCCCGUCAUCGCCUUCCACAUAAGCACCAAGAACGAAGACUCCGACUCCUCUGUAGACUGAAGGAUAUCAGUAAAAUAAGGUUUUAUCAUUGGCAACACCCAGGUUUUACACCAGGGUACGUUUUGGGGUAAAAUUUCUAUAACAAUACUUUUUAUAGUAAAAGGAGGGUAUCUCCUUGUGUGUGAUGCUGCCCUAGUACUUGCGACGUCCAAACAAUGUCUUUACAUGCUAUCCUGGUAUUUGCAACGUCCAAAAUAUAUGUGUUAUGAUCUCCUGGUACUUAUGCUAUCCUGGUAUUUGCAACGUUCAAAGUAUAUGUUAUGAUCUCCUGGUACUUACGUCCAAUUGAAUUUAUUUUUACGCGAUACCCUUACAUUCUAUGUUGCCCUGGUACUUAGUGACCAUCGCCUUACCUGCUUAGGCAUCAAGUGGUAGGCUUUCUGGGCUGGUAAGUGCUGAUGGUAGGUCUUAUGGUAGGCCUGACGGUAAGUUAUAACCGGAUAGCUAAUCAAUGUUUAUUCACAAUUUUUUUACUUAUAUUAUUUCGUCGGUCCAAGCAAUGGCGGCCAUUUUGAAUUCUAAACAGCCUUAUUUAGUGUUGUGGAAAUUUUAUUACGUACUUAUUUAUUUAUUUAUUAUUAACGGACUGCUAAAGGAGUUUACACUUCAAUUUAAAUCCACAUAUUUAUAUAGUAGCAGUCUCUUAUGUAAUUGUAACUAAGUAUUGUAAAUACAUAUUACUUUUGAAGUGUGUAAUGCAUUUGAAUUGGGGUAAAUGGUAAAUAAAUGAUGUGGUUAACGAGAAUGAGGUAUUUAAUAAAUAUAUUAGUAUUUAUGUGACAUAUUUAUACAUAGAGCUCGACUUUAUUUGAAUUUCUAAUAUCUAUUAGAUACAAUUGACACGAGUUAUUAAUUUCAAAAUUUGUGUGAGAAAUUUGCUUUUGAUAUUAAAAUAUAGAUGCAUAUGACUGCAAUGUUGAGGUUUUGGGUCCGAUCUUCGGUUGGGCAAAGGUAUUGGGUUCUCUACUUAGUAUAAUCUAAAAUGUGUGCCCGUCACAUUAUGAGGAAUACAAAGGCAAUGCACCAGUUGCUACUCUACCUACCCCUUUCCGCAUGAAAGCGUGUGUGAAUAUAUCUAUACAUUUAUAUUUUUCAUCUUAUUAAUUGAUUGCACAGAGCUGACUAAGUAUGAUAUUGAUUUAAAAAAAUAAAUGAAUGCUAAGUGAUAUUAUAAAGUGCUUUUAAGAAUGUAUUUCUUUGAAAGAAGUAUUUCAGUUGACGGUACAGACAAAAUGAAUUUUUAGCUUAUAUGAUAUAAUAGCCCUGUAUUAUAUACCGUCCCACUGCUGGGCCUCCUCUACUACUGAGAGGGAUUAGGCCUUAGUCUACCACGCUGCAGACUUCGCACACCCUCAAAAACUUAGAGAAUUUCUCUUAGGUUUCCUCACGAUGUUUUCCUUCACCGUUAAAGCAAGCGAUAAUUCACAAAGAAUACACAAUAUUUUUUUUAAAAGUCAGAGGUGUGUGCCCUUGGCAUUUGAACCUGCGGACAUUCGUCUUGGCAGUCCGUUCCACACCCAACUAGGCUAUCGCCGCUUGAAAUGGGAUUUAAACAAAGGUUUCCUUUAUACUUAUCAUGAAACGGUUCAUGAUUGUCAAGUUGACUGGGCCAGUGGUUCCCUUAUAACUUUUGUCUCAUUAAAUUGAAGCUAUCGUAUUUGAAAAGCGACGAAUUCAUUAUUGGUUGAGUUCGUUUCUGUCUUCACCUAGUUAAUGAAUCCUUCAUUGUUGAGUGACCUUUAUCGCCAUUAUUUUGAAUUCGAAAGUCUUUAUUGCCUUCGCAGGCAUACGAGCAAGCAGUUCGCCUGAUGGUAAACAGCAUCCGAUGCCCAUGGACUCAGAAAUGCUAGAGGCUAUCACGCCGUUGCCUACCUGUGCAAAGGUUCUUACAAACAACG